CUCUUUUUGAGGUUAGUGUAGAUGUAGUGCCAGAAGAACCGAAAUGUUCUUAUAAUUUGUUAACUAAAUCUGUGCCGAACACUUCAAUGCAGCUUGUGAAGUAGCUGUUUAUAUUUGCGUUCGACGAAGAGACUCUCCUCCUCUCCAAAAUAUUCAAAUUCUAGAAUCAAGACUCACAACGUUUUCCUAAUGCCCAGAGUAGAGCCCAGAGGGUCGAGCAUGUGAUUUUCCGGACGAGCUUACGGCCGGUCAUUGCAGUUCAAAGGGAAGGAUACCUUACAGUGUGCCAAAAUGAUUAUCUCAAAACCCUGGAAUGAACUCUUUGUAACAUGCAGAUCAGUGGCUUCAAUCCAUGUUCGCUCUUUAUUUCAAACCAGUGCGUUGCUCCAGACUGAAACGGAAGGGCUGUUAGAUGAUGAUGAAGAAUUUCGAGUGAUUGAUUUGAAGAAAACAAGUCAAAAAUCUGUCAAAAAAUUCCAAAGGGAGGAAAAACCAGUCCUGCCUCCACGGUACACACGAAUGCCUGUGGAUCAAGAUUGGGCAAGUGUCUGGCCUGGCCCUAGAUCUUUUCACCCAGCAACUGUUCCGCUACCUAUGUUCCAAGGAAACAUGUCAGAUGGACUGCCACCUGUGGGGAAAUUUGCCAAUGCAGAGUUAAUGAAAAUCCCUAAUUUCCUUCACCUAACCCCUCCUGCCGUAAAGAAGCAAACAGAAGCUCUGAGGAAAUUUUGUACAGCAUGGCCGGAAGGAUUAGAAACUGAUGAAAAAAUCGAGCAACAUUUUCCACUUGAAGUUAUCACCUCAGACUACUGUCAUUCUGCACCAAAAAUCAGAGAUCCUAAAGCAAGAAUUGUCACCGUUAAAUUCAAAGUGAAGGCUUUGAAACUAGGCAAACAUUCAAAAGACAAGUUUAAAAGGUUAUGUAAGGACAAUUAUAGUGAAGAAAGGGAUGAUGUUUGUAUUGUAGCAGACAGGUGUCCAGUCCGCAAGCAGAACUACGAAUAUGCUAUGUAUCUCAUUACUGCACUUUACCAUGAGGCUUGGAAUUUCGCAGAGUGGGAAAAAGAGAAAUCAGAAGUGGAUAUGGAGUACUAUGACUGGGAUUUGAACAAGUCCAAGCAGUCAUACGUUCAGUUGAAGUGUUGGCCCGGAAAACCAAAUCCUGAAACGGUUGACUUUAACACUCCAGAGGCUAUCAAAUAUAGAAAUGCUGUCACUGAUUUAUUUAAUAAAGGGGAAGAUGUUGAUACACUAGCAAAAUAUAAGGAAGCGGUAAAAGAUAUACUUGGACUAUCGUAACUUUUCAGUUAAGUUUCUGCAUUUGUAACUAGUUGGAUCUUUUAGAGUGUAAUUUUUUAUGUAAGUAUUAACAGUUUACCAAAUAAACACCUGUUAAUGACUA